CUGCAUUUAUACGAGUUAUGAAAUAUGAAUUUAGUGUUUAUGAAUUACGACUCAUUAGUCAGUAGUCACUACUUGUUACUUCAGUUACUUGUUAUUGGCUUACUGCAUAAGUAAUAAUACAAAACCAAGAGUGUAAAAUACAAAAAUAAGUUUGAACUACGGAUAGGAAGUUAAAUAAAUAAUUAUUGUUUUUUGAAUGUAUUCAUUUUAAACAUUUGUUGACAAAUCGAAUGCCAAAUUUCCUAUUACUACAAUUUCAUUAUGUCUGAAGUAGAUGAACAUAUAUCCAAAUUAAGCCAUGAAGAACGAAUGGUGUCUACAGUUGCUGAAAUUAUUCAGAAAUUGUUGAUUGCACAAAAGGAAAACAGAGACGUAAACUUAAAUAAGUUAAAAUCUCAAAUAUCAUCUAAAUAUGGACUGAAAUCAUCUCCCCGACUUGUUGAUAUUAUAUCAGCUGUUCCCAAUGAUGCUAAAAAAUUAUUGUACCCAAAGUUGAAAGCAAAACCUGUCAGAACAGCUAGUGGAGUAGCUAUCGUUGCUGUCAUGUGUAAGCCACAUCGUUGUCCUCAUAUAAAUAUGACUGGAAAUAUAUGUGUGUAUUGUCCUGGUGGUCCAGAUUCUGAUUUUGAAUACUCAACACAGUCAUAUACUGGUUAUGAACCUACUUCGAUGAGAGCUAUCCGAGCACAUUACAAUCCAUAUGUUCAAACCCGCCAUAGAGUUGAACAGCUUAAACAAUUAGGCCAUAAUGUUGAUAAGGUUGAGUUCAUAGUGAUGGGAGGUACAUUUAUGAGUUUACCUGAAGACUACCGGGAUUAUUUCAUUAGGAAUUUACAUGAUGCUUUAUCGGGUCAUACAAGCUCUAAUGUCCGAGAAGCUGUCAAAUACUCAGAAAGAAGUAACGUAAAAUGCAUUGGCAUUACUAUUGAAACUCGACCAGACUAUUGUUUGAAUAGGCAUUUAACUGACAUGUUAAACUAUGGCUGUACACGAUUAGAAAUUGGUGUUCAGUCUGUGUUUGAAGAUGUUGCACGAGACACUAACAGAGGUCAUACAGUUAAAGCAGUUUGUGAAACAUUUAAUCUUGCUAAAGAUUGUGGUUUCAAAAUUGUGUCACAUAUGAUGCCUGAUUUACCUAAUGUGGAUCUAGAAAGAGACUUUCAACAGUUCAAAGAAUUUUUUGAAAAUCCAGCUUUUCGUGUUGAUGGCUUAAAAAUUUAUCCUACUCUUGUAAUGAGAGGUACAGGUUUAUAUGAGCUGUGGCGUAGUGGACGAUAUCGUAGUUAUUCACCAUCUGAAUUAGUAGAUUUAAUUGCUCAUAUAUUAAGUCUUAUUCCUCCGUGGACGCGUGUGUAUAGAGUUCAAAGAGAUAUUCCAAUGCCAUUAGUUACAUCUGGAGUUGAACAUGGUAAUUUACGAGAACUGGCCUUAGCAAGAAUGAAAGAUCUUAACUUACAAUGCCGUGAUGUUCGAACUAGAGAAGUUGGAAUUCAAGAAAUACAUAAUAAAAUUCGCCCAUUUGAAAUUGAAUUGAUACGUAGAGAUUAUGUUGCUAAUAAUGGAUGGGAAACAUUUUUAUCGUAUGAAGAUCCCGAACAAGACAUUUUAAUUGGCUUAUUAAGAUUGCGCAAGUGUACUAAUUCGUUUAGACCAGAGUUAAAAGGAAGAGUUUCAAUUAUAAGAGAAUUACAUGUAUACGGUAGUGUAGUUCCUGUUCGAGCCAGAGAUCCAACCAAAUUUCAACAUCAAGGAUUUGGUAUGUUAUUAAUGGAAGAAGCUGAAAGAAUAUCUUUAGAAGAACACAAAUCUACCAAAAUAGCUGUUAUUUCAGGUGUUGGUACUAGAAACUAUUAUAAAAAACUUGGAUACCACUUAGAUGGGCCCUAUAUGUCAAAACAGCUUUAAUUUUUAUUUUAAUUACUAAUGUUUUUAGUAAAGUGAACAUUGUUUGAAAAAAUGUAAUAUUUUGUAGUUAUUUUUAUUGAAUAAAUAUAAAGAUAUUCAGCAAAUCAAA